UCACUGCGACUCGAGCUGGCAGAGAUUCCGUUAAUUAAGCAUCGACCGAGCCGAAACGGUGGUUGCACAACAGGUGGACCGCAAACGCGUCGACAGGCUCCCUCCAAAACCGUACGUGCGUCCGAGAUCGUGUCACCGAAUCCGAGAGAUCGCUCCAAAACGUUUACCCCCAUCGAUCAGGAUCAUUCCAAUCGAACGGAUGUAUCGAAAGGCCGAUCGUUAUUUCGAACAACGCUGAAAAACGAGACGUGUACCAAGGAUCAAGGAUCAAAGAGGAUCAAAAGAGACUCGAGCAACGUUCAUCCGGACAAAGAGGAUUGUUCGAGAACCGUGAGUGUGAACCGCGUCGAGUGCUCGGCCAGUCGUGUCACGGUCGAUCCAGAGAUCGAUCCAACCAGUUCCUUUUACCGGUCGAUCACCUCGAUCCCGCGUCGGAGUCCCGCGGCGCGAGAGUGCACAUCCGCGUCGUCGGGUCUUAAUUAGUACGUGGGUGUCGUGAUAGAUUGGCGGCUGGACAAGAGAGACCGUCCGAAGGACAGGACAGGACAGGACGGAAAAAGAAGACUGGCGCGAAGAGAUGCUGAAAGCGGGAGGACCGCGUGUUAGUGAACGCGAAGAGACCAUCAGGGAAUAAAAGGGACGAGGCGAGGGUUGGUUAGCCGGAACGGUAGAGGGUGGUGGGGCGGUUAAAUAGAUGCAGGAAUCUCUACGCGGCGCCAUGCUGGUGUAGCGGCGAGAAAAAAUAUUCGGUUUCAUCGGUGUGCGUGGCCGCGUGUGCAUGGAAUCCCAGGACCGUAUCGGUCUCCGCACGUUUGUUACGGGUCCGAGGACCUGCCGCGCCGGUAGAUUGGAUUAAUCGGUGAUUAAAUCGCGCUGUGAACGUUCGACUUUGAUUUGUUCGGGACUGUUGUUCCGUGAACAUUUCGCUGAAGGAUUUCUACGCGAAUCGGGAUUUGUAUUCUCGAAGUGAAAGGCGCGUAACACGUAAACGCCGCAACUUGUAACUGCACGAUCGAUGAUCAAUUAAGUGAGUCUCUCAAGAUAAUUGCGAAGAGGAUCGUGGAAACAUGUUGUGCGGCACGUUCAGAAAGAAGAGAAGGCAGAACGGGGAUGAGUAUCGAUUGGUCAGAUCGAACACGAUGCCGAGGAUCCUGGCGGGAAAGGAAGGCAGUCUGGUUACUGUCCGAAGGACGAAAUCCUCGAGGGUGGCGGCUCGUUCCUCGCAUCUCAAAGAUCUUCUGCACACGGGUCUAGACAAUGUGAGCUCUGCGACCCUCAGGCCUUUCAACUCGGACAUCAACACGCCGAGGAUCGACAGCUAUAGGUUCUCCAUGGCAAACCUCGAAGAUUCCCAAGAUGUCGAUCUGGAUGCCAUCCUCGGCGAGCUGUGCGCGCUGGAGCGCCGCUGCGACGGCGAUAUCGCUGCUACAUCUGCACCCGACGCCCAGAGACAGGGUCGACCCAAUAGCACCAGGAUCACGCCUGGUGACAAUACCGAUAUCGGCAAGAACGAAGGAGCUAUGCGAACCGAUAGUCCAGACAAUGACAGCGCCUUCUCGGACACGGUGUCGAUGUUGUCCAGCGAGAGCUCAGCAAGUAGCAGUGGUUCCGGACACAAACCACCUCAGACCGCCAUGCACACAGCCCCUCAACAGCAACCCCACCAACUCAUGGACGCUGCAAGCAGAGUCAAGGCAGAGAAAAUUCGAUUGGCGCUGGAGAAGAUGCGCGAGGCGAGCGUUCAGAAGCUGUUCAUUAAAGCGUUUACACUGGAUGGCAGUGGGAAAAGUUUACUCGUUGACGAGGGAAUGAGCGUGGCUCACGUAUGCAGGCUCCUCGCCGAUAAGAACCACGUACCAAUGGAUCCAAAGUGGGCUGUAGUUGAGCAUCUGCCUGAUCUUUUCAUGGAAAGGGUGUACGAGGAUCAUGAGCUGCUGGUAGAAAAUCUUUUACUAUGGACGAGAGACUCGAAAAAUAAACUACUUUUCGUUGAACGACCCGAUAAAACUCAACUGUUCCUUAAUCCGGAGAGGUUCCUUCUUGGUCCAUCCGACAGGAGUAGCGCGGAAUACGACGACCACUCUCGCAAUAUUCUUUUAGAGGAGUUCUUCUCUAGCAGCAAUGUCGGUGUACCAGAGGUCGAAGGACCGUUAUAUUUAAAAUCAGAUAGCAAGAAAGGUUGGAAAAGGUAUCACUUCAUCCUGCGAGCGUCUGGCCUCUACUAUUGGCCAAAAGAAAAGGCUCGCACCGCGCGCGAUCUAGUUUGCUUGGCAACUUUCGACGUGAAUCAAAUCUACUAUGGCGUUGGUUGGAAAAAGAAAUACAAAGCGCCAACAGAUUUCUGCUUCGCUGUGAAGCAUCCCAGGCUGCAGCAGCCGAAGUCAACCAAGUACAUCAAGUUCCUUUGCGCGGAUGACAACGCGUCCUUGGAACGAUGGAUAGUCGGGAUCAGAGUUGCUAAAUAUGGCAGACAGUUAAUGGAGAAUUACAGAACUCUUGUCGACGAACUGGCACAGGAGGAUCUCGAUAUGCUUGCGCACGCUAGAUCGUGUUCCGUCAGUUCCAUCGCAGUACCGCCUCAAAAUCAGACCCAGUACAAUACCAGCAACGACAAUGCCCGCCAAUUCACGGAGAAUUCGAGGAACAGCACGGAAACUGCAAACACCAGACAGUAUGACGGUCAGAGGCAAAGCUACAAUUCUGAGCAACGACAGAGUUACAAUAACGAUGGAAGAUUGAGUAGAGCCAGCAGCUCGAGUUCCAGCGGAUGUCUGUCGGACGGAGCACCGAGUAGUUGUGAGGUAGCUUUCGAGUGUGGCGAGUUUCCAACAGGAACGAUAAAGAGGAAACCAUCGAUGAACCCAAAACUCCCUCUUACAUCGAUCACACGACAGCUAAAGGAAGUAGGCGAAACUGUUCGCGAUGAGCCAGACUCCUGUCCCAGUCCUACGAGCUCAGGAUCCGGCACAUUAACUAGAAGGCACAGUCGCAGAAGGAGUGGCACUGAUUCCGACGGAUCAGGAACAUUGAAGAGACAUCAUCGAUCUGGCAAUGCGACUCCAGUUAGUCCUGUACCCCCUGGCACGCCAGUCCGAGAGAGAGCUAGCCCAAUGGGAUACAACAGAGCGGAGAACCAGGAAUCGAAAACGCCCACGAGCCCUAUUCCACCGUGUAUGAUGGAUUCAAUCACUUCACUCCCCCCGCCGCCAUCGCCAUCAAGAGUCGCCGAGGAAGCAGAGUCCGACAGCGAACCGCUGCCACCGCCCCCACCAGAAAUGUUCCGAUCGAAUCUUUCCCUGGACUCGUUGCCACCACCUCCAGCACCUGGUGAACUGCCAGUAUGUAAUACACCUGAGCUCUCUGGUUCAUCGUUGAGUCUCGCGUCCCUUCCGCCACCUCCUAGCCCUCUGGUAGGCGAAACUGGGACCAUUCGACGUGCAAGGCCCAAACAGUCCACUCCCACGAACUCGGUGACGCCAGAAAAUACACCAACUCACACACCGUCGAGAGGAUCAGCCAAUCAGCAGAUGUACACGAACGCGACCAACUCAAUCCAGAACAACGCGACGGUUCAAAACAGUCAAAACUACAAUAUGAACACGCAGAAUGCUCUUCACGUGAACAACACGGCAAACUCUGUAGCUUCGUCUCACAGCUCGUAUCCAGGAUCCAGCGCGAGCACGCCUACCUAUGCUCCCAGUUCUCCGAACUUCGCCUCACCACCGCCAUUCGUCGCCCCUCCAGCUUAUGGUUCCCAACAGCAGCACGGAAAUUCGCAAAGCCUAACGAGGCAGAACUCGAAAGUAGAAUCGAUAUACGGAACUCACUCACUGCCGCACUCAGCAAUUCAACCGAUCAGGCCGAACCCGAACAUGGACACGGUGCGGCGAAGUGCCAUGAAGCAGAGCUCGAGUCACUACGCGGCUCCACCGUAUCUAGCGGAACUGAAGGCUGCGUCAAGUCCCCAGCCCCAGCGUAGGGUAACCAUUCAAGAACCGCCGACGUCACCGAAGUCGAAGACGGGUACUGGCAAGAAGAUCACGUUCAAUCUUCCGCCUCAACAGGAACCAGGUAGUCCUGCUCUGCCACAAAGGAAACCGAUGCCGCCGAGGAGAUCGGACAGCACGAGGCUGACGUCUCCUAAGAAGCUGGCCGCGUCCGAUCAAGCUCCGCCUGGUGAUUUCUUGAAAGAUCUUCAGAGGGUGAUGAGGAAGAAGUGGCAGGUGGCGCAGAAGUGUAAACUGGACGCGACGACAACUCCUCAUGAAGUUCUUGGAUUCCGCGAUCCUCCGCCGGCGGUUGCUGAUUAUAGGGAAACAAAUGUGUCUAACUGGGUCCAGGAACAUUACGGAGCUGAUAACCUUUAUGAAAAUGUCUACGCGACGGAUCCUCAUGCUCCUGUCGAGUACGCUUCCAGUCCAGCCCGUCAACCGACUGUCAGGUUCGCCGAUGAGAAUCGUAGCAUCAAUAUCGUGAACGCCAUUGCUAAUAAGAGAAGACCACCCCCACCACCACCAAAAAGGGCAGAGACCACGCAUUUGACCACUACCAGAGCGAUGCACUGACAAUAGCAGUUAAUUCAGCCCCGUCCCGAAAGGCGAUGGUACUGUUGUCUGUGCAGUUGGUGGAAGGACUAAAGGAAAGGGCGAGAAGGAAUUCGCUUUGUUCUGUGAUUUGGUCACCAUUUCGAGGUCCUGGCAUCGAGUCCACGCCACGUUGAUCGUCCCUCGCCUGUACACCGGUUCGGAGGAAGACAAUUCGAGAAGAGAGGAAAGGGGAUUGACGAUUAUCCUUGAUGAAACUUGUUCGGAUUUGUGUUUUGCGUACGUCGUCAAAGUUUGCAUGGAAUCAGCUUGGCUGGAAAUCUUGUAUCUACCCGAGAACCAGCUGCGGCCGUUAUAGGAUAAUCGAUGUAUAUUUAGGAGUUCGAGGGAUGAAAGUCUGAUCGAUAACUGCCAAUUAAUGGUCGUCAAUGCCGCGUCGAGUCUGACCCUCGAUGUUGGUGUCCUAUAGAGAAUUUUUUUAGCGAGAACUCGGUGAACCGAGAGAGGCGAGGACCACCGGAAAUCGGAAUUAUAGGUUAUCGAGCCUGAUGUGAAGCAUCUGUCUUGACGGCGAUUUAGCAAACGGCCAUUCAAUUAGAACGUAAGGGAAACACUGCCGCACAUAUUGAGGAUGUGAUAUAUAAGUCUUAAGCUCCUAAUUUUUGUUUCCCGUGAACCGAGACGGAAGUCGACUUUUUGCGAGCGAUCCUCGCGCGGGAAAUUUAAAAGGAGAAGGACCGCGGACGCGGUCGGACGCAAGCCAAUCGAAUUUAAGACACCGUAAACCGCGCUCGCCGUUUUUCUGUGCAAGUUAAUCCAGAGUUAACUAGGCUUAGCUGUAAUCUCUGAUGUCCGCCAACCAGUUAACGACGGACCUUUUCUCGCUUAUUUUCUAUUCCAACGGAACAGCUAUACACGAAUCCGAUGACGAGAGAUCGAAACAGUUACACCGAGGACUUUGUAACGUUGAUGUUAGGUGAUUGCAUAUGAAAUAUAGUAUUUUUUACAAGAAACAUUUCUUUAUUCAUUUUUUCUUUGCGUUAAUGAUUGUCAAGUUCAAGGUUUUAAAGAAAGCAUAUCGCACGCCAUUUUCUGGAAGUGAAUUAUAUGCGUGGAGAAAAUAGAAACGUAUAUUUUUUGUUGAGGGAUCGGAAGAUCAAACCGGGAAACAUGGUAAACAUAUUAAAAUUCGCUGAAUUCUUGUAUAGUUAGUUUUUACCGUGUCUUUAAGGUGUAUUUAACUCCAAUGAUAUUUCGAAGAAUAUUUCAUUUAUGAAACACGAAAUUUCGUAUGCAGAAACCUAAUGUCUCGCAACAUGUACGCAUGAAUGAUGAGAACGCUGUUCACGAGAGACACAAUGAUACGCAAUGCGUUUUUUUUUAAAUCCUCGUAAAUAAGUGUGUAUGUAUAUAAAUGGAACACGUAUGAGCGUUUAUAUCAAUAUAUCGACUUUGAUACUGUAUGUUUAGAUGAUAACGUACGAAUUGAGCUACCCUCUGCGACGUGGACACGAUAACACUUAACAUAUUCGAUGGACCUCGAUCGAACGCCACGCGCGGCUCUGCUCUCCAUUCGUCGUCAACUUUUACUUUUCACCUAGUAUGGUUUCACGUUAUUAGCAAAGAACUCGAGAUCUCGUACACGCGACCUUCGAUCAUCCAUUUUUUUCCCGUUCUCAUAUCAUCGUUUUUCCUUCAAUCGCCCAAGCGUGAAACUUCAAGCAAUACGCAAUUACUUUAUCAUCGAUCGAUCGAGAAACAUUCAAACGAAUCCUCAUGGUCUCUACAAUCGGUCUACAUCAAACAUUAUAAAACAUUACAACACUCGUAUGAUCCACUGCUUCCGCUGAACUGCUACGACUACCAGUCUCAAUGUAAAUAUAUCCAUCACACGAAUUUGUAAUGAGUUUUUUUAUCAAGCGGAAUGACGUAAAUAUCGUUCAAGGAUCCAAGUUAAUUCCAUUAAUCGAUGCAUUUCGUUUGUAAGCCCAUGAGAGAUUCCUAACGAUUCCACGUGGCCAGUUGAGCAAAGAAUGUUCAACAGCGCAUGCGUUUUUAUACUCUGAACGAUGAAUGGUAGGCACUUUUGCGUCGCCAUUUUACACUAACCGUGUGAUCGCCAAUGGAAUUUUCGUCAACGACUGAGAACCUCUUGUUGCCCGCUGCAACCGAUUUCAACUGUUUGUACUCAUGAAUUUCUAUCACCGGUUUCGGGCGUCUUUAAACGUUUGUAUCCUUCUUCGAGGACAUCGAACGCCUGCCGCGGCGUUUAAGCGAGUCUCGCCGAGUCCUGUGCAUUUUACACUGUUAAGAAUACCGGAGGACCGCGAUACGAUAUUUUCUACUAGCCGAGUUUUGAUAGAAGUUAGACGGAGGAGGACCCGUUUUCUGAGCGUAUACGAUCAUUGCGAAACCUUUUCUAAUCGAGCCGCACAUGGACAAGCGAGACCUAGUUGAGAUUGAUAAGGAAACCGCGGAACACAGACAUACGCUUGUACUGCUCGAAGCACAAGAGAUGUUUCGUGGAAGGGUACAGGAACAAGAGCUUUGUUUAUUCCCACCAUUACGCGACUAUUCCAGUAAAUAACGCGGUAAAGCUGGAAACGCGUGUGAGAAUAGGCGUGCCUUCUUCCGCUCUAACCACUUAGGCCCGCAUUCCUUCCAUAAGACAUCUUCGGUGCUCUGCACGGUACACGCUCACCGACGUCGAUUUAUAUGUAACUGUAAUUUUGUCUACCGUGCGCGCGGUCCAAUCAAACGGAACCAAUAAUAGUAAUGGUAACGAUAUAUUGCUAACGAUAUACGUUUUUUGGGACUAAUGUAUCGAACUUAACGGAAACUUGACUUUCGUCUGACUUUACGAUAAGCGAGAAUUAUACGAACCCCACCCGAAGGCUUUUUCCUCCGGGGACGAUCGUUUCUACGUCGAAACAACGCUACGACGAGAGUCUUUCGAGCAUGAACGUUCGAGGAUGUAGAACGAUGUACGUUCUCAUAGCUGUCGAUGCACAGGUUGACUUUUUAAACCUUGAGGAUCUCUUGAUAGAGGGCAGAGGAAGAGUUUUAGGACGUAGUUCUGAUGCGAUGUUGAUUGAGAAAGAGGAUGUUUGAACACUUUCGGUGUGUUGCUUGCGGAUGAAUAUUGUAACGGAAUAUAAACUGAUGUACAGGGUCUUUACCGACAACGGAAUACCAGCUUGGGAUAUGAUUGAAGCUCGAGUAAAUGGCGUACAGUGAAUACACAGUUGCUUAUGGCUACUUGAUUUACCGAGAACGACGUGAAACGCCGAUCGUAAUUCUGUCAAUUGAAACUAUGGCAACGUAGGCAGCAUUAUUCAGAGUUGUAUAUAAUAUUAUACUAUUUUUUAUUUAAAACAACGCACUCUUGUAACUAACAAGGAUAUUGAAAUAGAAAAGAUAAUUAAUCACGA